AUGUUCACCCUCGAGCCCGCUUUGGAAGCCCUUUCCGACUCUGACUCGGUGCUUCGUGGUGCAAAAGAUGCCGUUGUCGUCACCGAGACAGCCUACUUAAGCGACGAGGCGCAGGAGACCUCUGGACCUUCUAGUGACUUUGCCGUUGAAGAUAAUACAACAUGCAUUGUUGGCAUGGCUUGCCAUCUCCCUGGUGGAAUCACCUCACCAUCAGGGCUUUGGGACUAUGUCUACAACAAGAAAUCGGCCCAAUGCACUGUACCGCUGGAUCGGUACAACAUUGAGGGUUUCUAUCACAAAGAUGGCAGCAGGGCUGGUGUCAUGAGCGUAGAUGGCGGAUACUUUAUCCAAGAAGAUGUUCGCAACUUUGAUGCCUCCUUCUUUGGUAUCAACAACCUCGAGGCGUCUUACAUGGAUCCCCAGCAGCGAAAGCUGCUUGAGGUGGUGUAUGAGUGCUUUGAGAACGCCGGUCUGUCGAUGGAAGAUGUGUCCGGCUCCAACACGGCGGUGUUUGUCGGCAACUUUACGGUGGACUAUUCGGUCAUGCAGUCUCGUGAUACAGAUUAUGUGCACCGGUUAGCCGCUACGGGUGGCGGCACGUCGAUCAUGUCGAACCGCAUCAGCCAUGUCUUUAAUCUCCAUGGCCCAAGUUUCACUCUGGAUACUGCCUGUUCAUCCACCAUCUACGCUCUCCACCAGGCUGUGAACGCCAUCAAGAAUGGCGACUGCGAUGCUGCCAUUGUUGCGGGAGCUAACCUGAUCACAUCUCCUGAACAGCACUUUGGAACAGCAAAGGGUGGCUUUCUCUCUCCCACUUCAGCAUGCCACACGUUCGACAUCUCAGCAGAUGGCUAUGCACGCGCCGAAGCUCUCAAUGCCAUUUACAUUACAAGGCUGUCAUCCGCAAUCAAGAGUGACCGCAAGAUCCAUGCUGUCAUCCGUGGAACAGCCAUCAAUGCCAACGGCAAGACUCCCGGAAUCACUUUACCAGAUGCCAAGAUGCAGGCAGCGGUCAUCAGAAAGGCCUAUCAAAUCGCAGGGCUUUCGUUUUCUGACACGGACUAUGUCGAAUGCCACGGAACUGGGACUCCGGUUGGCGAUCCUAUAGAAGUGGAUGGCAUCGCGGCCUGUUUUGCAGGUCGCGAGGGUGAGCCUCUGAGAAUUGGAUCUGUCAAAACAAACAUGGGCCACAGUGAAGCAGCCAGUGGUUUGACAUCCAUCAUCAAAGUGGCUCUUGCUUUCGAGCACGGCGUGAUUCCACCUACAUACGGUGUGAAGAACUUGAACCCCAAGUUGAGACUCAAAGAGCGUAACAUGAAGGUGUUGACCGAGAAUGAGGCCUGGCCCAGAGCACUUCGUCGGGCCGGUGUCAAUUCCUUCGGCUACGGAGGUGCCAACGGCCAUGUCAUCCUCGAGUCUAUUGACAGCUACUUCGUCGGUUCGCUGGUCUCCUCUCCUAUCACCAAAGCUUUGCCUUCUCCCUAUCAAUCCGACAAGGAUCAGGUGUUUGUACUGCCCUUUUCCGCUUCAUCAAGCAAGUCGCUGGAAGCUCGCCGUAAACAGGCCAUCGAGGCGUUGGAAAAUACCGAGGCCAACGAGGCGAAGGCACUCGCUAUCGCGAUGAGCAAACGGCAGACCAAGAUGCGCCUGCGAGACUACAUUCUUGUUUCUGCAACACCUGGCUCUCAACCGACCUUGUUAAAGAUCGCUGAUGUUGGCGACAAGGCUGGUUCAGGCGCACAGCCUCUCCCAUUUGGGUUUGUCUUCACAGGCCAAGGUGCUCAAUAUGCCAACAUGGCCAAGGAACUCAUUGAGCAGGACCUCCAUUUCUUGGCAAGCAUUCGAGAUCUCGACGAAGUCCUGCAGAGUCUGCCCGCCGAGUACAAGCCUUCCUGGACCUUGGAGGAGACGAUUCUCGAUAAACCCUCAGAGAGCAAGAUCAACGACGUGACUCGCAGCCAGCCGAUUUGCACCGCCGUCCAGAUUGCUCUGGUCAAUACACUCCGUAGCUGGGGAAUCACUCCAACGGCUGUCAUCGGUCACUCUUCUGGCGAGAUUGCUGCUGCGUAUAGCGCCGGGCAUUUGACUGCAGCUGAGGCCAUUGUGGCAGCAUACUUCCGAGGCUUUGCUGUUGGACAACUACAGUCUCGUGGCUGCAUGAUGGCCGCAGGAAUUACACCAGAGAGCGCCAACGACUUGAUUGACAAGCUUGGCCUGAAAGAAGUACGAGUUGCUUGCGUGAAUGCUCCCGAAAGUGUUACGCUUAGCGGUGCUCUCAAGGAUAUCGAUGCUCUUCAGGCAGAGCUGCAGAAAGAGGGCAAGUUUGCUCGCAAGCUUGAGACGGGCGGCCGUGCGUAUCAUUCGCAUAUGAUGGCUGAGAUUGGCGACUUAUAUGAGUCUCUUGUUACUCCCUAUAUUACUACCAAAACCGCCGCAGAUAUGGAUGCCGCAAUGUUCUCUACUGUCGGUCACUCGCCCGAUGACUUGGAGGCCAUCGAGCUCAAGGCCAACAUGGCAUCCUAUUUCCGAAGGAACCUUGAGCAGCCAGUGCAGUUCAGCGCAGGCUUGACGGCCAUGAUCACAGGUCAAAAGCAUCAUCUGAUUGAGAUUGGCCCUCAUUCAGCUCUCAAAGGCCCCAUCCAACAGAUUCGGACCAGUGCCAAGCUCGACAAGGAAGCUAUUCCCUACUCUCCAACGCUCGUCAGAAAGGAGAAUGCCUACUUGUGCCUGAAGAAGCUUGCUGGAACGCUCUUCUCCUACGGUCACAACUUGGACUGGCACGCUGUGAAUGGCGUCUCGCGGUAUCGCGCACUUCCCACUCCGCCCCUCGCGUCGUAUCCCUGGGAUUACUCCAAGCCCCUACCAUGGCACGAGCCUCGAGCCAGCAUUGAGCACCGUCUCAGAAAACACAUCCGCCACGAGCUUCUUGGAACGCGAGCUACGGCUGGUAAUGGCAUUGAGUGGUGUUGGCGCAACAUCCCGCGCAUGUCCGAGAUGCCGUGGCUGCGCGAUCACAAGCUCGGCGAGACACAAGUUGUUCUUCCUGGGGCGGCUUACAUGGCCAUGGCAAUUGAAGCUCUCUCCCAAGUCCAAGACAUCAAGGGUAAGCUGAUUGCUGGUGAACCAUUUUCCUUUGAGUUCGAGAAUGUCAAUAUCAGCGCAGCUUUCGUCGUGCCUGAGGAGAGCGACGCCGAGGCGGAUAACACUGAGCUUCACACGGUUAUGUCUCGACGUAAGAUCUCGACCGCAAACACUUCUGGUGAUUGGCAUGAGUUUUCCAUCUCUUCUUGGGUAUCCGGCAUUACGACGCUGCACUGCAUGGGCAGCAUUCGACUUGCUGAGCCGAAACUGAAGCCUGAAGACGGAUCGGUUCUUAUUCCUGACAACGGGCAUGAAGUCUGGGGCAUGAGUCGCUGGUACAAGAAAGCAAAGGAAGAGGGCCUCAACUUUGGACCUUCAUUCCAGUCACUCACCAGUCUACAUACUGACGGUAACCGAGUAUCGACGGAUUCCAUUGCCACGACAUUGCUUGAUCCGCCGUCUGCAGCUGCCACUGGCAUGUUCUACGCCACGCAUCCGAUUACAAUUGAUGCUUGCUUCCAGGCUGCCAUAAUGGGUGGUACUGCUGGAAACAUCAACACUCUACGGGCUUACGUGCCGGUCUUUAUUACCAGCUGCUCGAUUCAGAUCCCCAAGGGCGGCGCUGCUAGCCUCGGUAGUGAAGAGGUCAGAAUUCACUCCCGCAUGGAAAAGACUGGGUUCUCUACUCGGGCAGUCGCUUUUACGCUUCGACUUCCUGAUGGCACACCAGCCAUUGACAUGCCACAUCUGAGGAUGAACGCGUAUACUGGAAAGGCCCCCGUUGAGCCUGAGACGAGCAUCUACCUCCAGCGCCAGCCCUGUCUUCGUGUCCAAUGGAAACCCGACGUGCUACGUCUUCAGCCAGAGUCUGGGGCCGCCAUUCAAGAGUAUAUCGCCUCUUUUGCGGCUUAUCAGUCAGAGGAUCUAAACGACAAUGGCGCCCUCAUAGUCUUUGCUGCUCUACUCGACCUCUACGCUCACAAGGUCCCUCGCAUGAGCGUGCUCGAGCUGGGACAAGAUCGGUGUUGGACUCCCAAGGAUUGCCAGUCAAUUCUAGGCAAAGAUACCGCGUUCCCACGUUUCCGACUAUGGAAUGAUGGAAAGCUUGGUGAUGAUGGCAAGAUUAUCGUUGAGAACACCAAGUACUCUGGGCAGUACGACGUCGUUCUGAUUCCGCAUGUUUCCGUCUCCAGGAAACUCUGGCCCAGAGCUGCAGACAAUAUCUUAUCGCUGGUUUCUGACGAUGGCAUCAUCAUCACCCGCCGGACCAAAGAUGCCGUUUCUGCUCUGCAGGAUGCGGGUUUCAUGUUAAUGCAACUUUCGAACGAGACUCUUAUUGCAGUACGCGGCCCCAAGCAGACAGAACUGGAACACAAGAAGGUGAUCAUCAUCAAGCCCAGUCAAUCUUCUUCAUCAAUAGCUCUUCUAGCGACCGCCGUGGAAGCUCACCUGAGGAACUCUGGCGUUGUGCACGCCAGGAUAUUAACCCUCGACAGCAUCGCGUCUGCCAGCCUCAACGAGCACGUCACCUGCGUGUCUCUCCUGGAGAUGGAGCACGAAUUCCUCGCCACCAUCAGCAGCGAGGACAUGGACCGCUUCCGCAAUGUCACAGACAAUGUCGGUAGCCUCUUGUGGCUGACCGGAGCAAAUAUGCUCUCUGCUCCCAACCCGGACCUCACAUUGUCCAGCGGCCUCUCCCGCGCCCUGAUGCUGGAACAACCAGCCCUGCGAUACACCAUCUUAGAUGUCGGCGCGGAUAUUUCGAAGCCCAACUACGUAGAUUUCAUCUGCAACAACGUCACAGCGGCUUUGACAUUCCGCUAUGACACAGACGACAAAGAAUUCAUCCAGAAAGAUGGAGUCCUCUACAUCAGCCGCUUUGCUCCCGACGUCGAACUCAAUGCUCUCUUCCGCCAACGCAUGAGCCCAGACACCAUGAAGCUUGUUCCCCUUGGAGAAGUUGGUCCGGCGAAGCUUUCAAUUGGCCAAGUCGGCAUGACGGAUACAAUUCACUUCCAACAAGUCUCAGAGCGAAAAACUGCACCUCCAGCCGGCUUCGUGGACGUCGAGCUUCGUGCCGUGGGCCUCAAUGCAAAGGACGUUUACGCUCUCAAUGGCCGUGCCGAAACUCGCUCCGCCACGACAGCGCUCGACUUUGGAGGCGUCGUCUCAGCGGUCGGAGCAGAUGUCGAACAUCUCAAGGUGGGAGACAGAGUCGCUGGCUUUGUUCCGAACCACUUCGGCACGAGGGAGCGGGUUCCUGUGCAGGCUGUACAUAAGAUGUUGCCGGAGGAGGAGUUUGCUGUCUUGCCAACUCUCCUGACCGUGUACUGCACCGCUCUGGUUGCCCUCCAAGAUCGGGCUCAUCUUCGAACUGGGGAGACCAUCUUGAUUCACUCCGGAGCCGGCGCCUUUGGUCUCGCCGCCAUCAUCAUGGCCAAGCACAUGGGCGCCACCGUUUUCGCAACAGUCGGCUCACAGUCGAAGCGCGACUAUCUCGUCAAUGAGAUGGGCGUGCCGUCUGAAAACAUCUUUCACUCGCGCAGCGCCUCUUCCAUGGACGACAUACUCGCUGCCACCGGUGGUCGAGGCGUGAAUGUCAUUGUCAACUCCCUGGUUGGCGAUCUCAUGCACGCUUCUUGGUCCUGCAUUGCUCCCUUUGGACGCUUUGUCGAGAUUGGAAAGCGCGAGCUCAUCGACGCGGGCAAGCUUGACAUGCGUGUCUUUUUGAAGAACGCGACAUUCACGGCGUUUGACUUGUCCGAGUUCUUCUAUGCUGAAGAGAGCUACUACCAGGAUGUGGUUUACGGCUACACUGCCCAAGUCAUCGAAAUGUACCGCGCGGGCAUCAUCAAAGCCUCGCCUAUCGCGACUUUUGACGUUGCCGAUAUUGGCCAAGCUUACAGAUACUUCGGCAACAAAGACCGAGUGGGCAAAGUCGUCAUCUCGCUGGAGAAUCCCAACAGCCUGGUCCAAGUCGUUCCCUCGCCAUACCAAUCCGUCUUCGAUCCGGACAAGACGUACCUGCUCGUGGGCUGCCUCGGCGGUCUCGGCCGCAGCCUCAGUCGCUGGAUGAUGUCUCGCGGCGCCCGCAAGUUCUGCUUCCUUGGACGCUCGGGAUGCGAUAAGCCCAGUGCCGCUGAGCUGGUGAAGCGCCUCCGCGAUGCCGGCGCCCACGUGACUGUUGUCCGUGGCGAUGUUUCAAACGAGGAUCAUGUUCGCGAAGCUGUUGCGGCCUGUGCAAAGGAUGGGCCGAUUGGCGGCGUUGUUCAAGCUGCCAUGGGCCUCAGCGAAGCGCUGUUCUCUGUCAUGACGAACAAGGCAUGGCACACUGGGAUUCAGCCCAAGUGGAAGGGCUCCUGGAAUUUGCACAAUGCUCUUGAGGGUCAUGAUGAGCAACUCGACUUCUUUCUCCUGACGUCGUCCAUCUCUGGCAGCUGCGGCACCGCCACGGAGAGCAAUUACUGCGCUGCCAACGGCUUCCUCGAUUCCUUUGCCAGGUGGCGUCGCUCUCAAGGCAAGCCCGCGGUUUCUGUCGGGCUCGGUAUGAUAUCAGAGGUUGGAUAUCUCCACGAGAAUCCGGACAUUGAGGCCAUGCUGCUCCGUAAGGGAAUCCAGCCGCUCAACGAGGACGAGUUCCUACAGGUCCUUGACUAUGGCAUUUCCGGCCCCGGUAGUGACGGCGAGUUUAUUCGAGGCGUUCCCAUGACGAACGAGUCUGCGCAUAUACUGACGGGUCUGGAGUCGUAUGGCGUCCGCAAGCUGAUGGCUCAAGGCUUCGAAGUCAACAACGGCGUCAUGGAUGAGUCUCGCACUUCCAUCCUUGCCGCAUCUCUACUCUCAGAGAAAGAUGCCAAGGAGGAUGAGAAGGGUGCUGAUGUCGGCCAGCUCCUCGCCGCCGCCGAAUGGGUCAAGGACGUCCCUAAAAGCGCGCUGUCUAUGCUCAUGCCUGAUGCGAGCGCGCCCACCAUGCUGGAAGCUAUCCUGCGCUUGACGAAGAGGCGCUUCAGCAACUUGAUCCUAAUGCAACUGGAUGCGGUCGAUGACAGUGCUCCGCUGCCUUCUUUUGGUGUUGAUAGUAUGCUGGCCGCAGAGUUCCGGACGUGGUUCUUCAAUACGUUCAAGAUUGACGUGCCGUUUCUUGACAUUGUCAGUCCGCAAAAGUCUCUGCGUACGCUGGCGGAGUUUGUUGAGGAGAAGCUUGUUGCCAGCUGGUCUGGCUAA